CCGUGCCCCCGGUCGGGCCGCUUGUUUGGCUCUGCCGUCACCUCAUGGCGACGCGGGUAGAGGAGGCAGCGAGGGGAAGAGGCGGCGGCGCCGAGGAGGCGACUGAGGCCGGACGGGGCGGACGGCGACGCAGCCCGCGGCAGAAGUUUGUGAUUGGCACAACGGAAGAAGCUGGACUCUGCGGGCUGGGGGUGAAAGCAGAUAUGUUGCAUAACUCUCAAUCAAAUGACAUUCUUCAGCAUCAAGACUCACGCUGUGGCGGCACAAGUAACAAGCACUCACGAGACGAUAACGACAGCGGCGACUUCAUAGCGAAGAGCCGGGACUUGGUGAGUCAGGCCUUCUGCACGCAAGCGCCACGAGAGGGGAUUCCGGGACGAGAAGCUCGAACAGACCCCCCUGAUGGCCGGCAAGAUUCGGAGUGUAACAGGAACAAAGAAAAAACCCUAGGAAAAGAAGUUUUAUUAUUGAUGCAAGCCCUAAACACCCUUUCAACUCCAGAAGAGAAGCUGGCUGCUCUCUGUAAGAAAUAUGCUGAUCUUCUGGAAGAGAGCAGGAAUGUUCAGAAGCAAAUGAAGAUUCUGCAGAAGAAGCAAGCCCAGAUCGUGAAGGAGAAAGUUCACUUGCAGAGUGAGCACAGCAAGGCCAUCUUGGCAAGAAGCAAACUAGAGUCCCUUUGCAGGGAGCUUCAGCGCCACAAUAAGACGUUAAAGGAAGAAAAUAUGCAGCAGGCACGAGAGGAGGAAGAGAGGCGUAAAGAAGCGACGGCACACUUCCAGAUUACUUUAAAUGAGAUCCAGGCGCAGCUGGAGCAGCACGAUGUCCACAACGCCAAGCUCCGCCAGGAAAACAUCGAACUGGGGGAGAAGCUGAAGAAGCUCAUUGAGCAGUAUGCUCUGCGGGAGGAGCAUAUUGAUAAAGUGUUCAAGCAUAAGGAACUGCAGCAGCAGCUUGUGGAUGCCAAGCUUCAGCAGACGACACAGCUGAUAAAAGAAGCCGAUGAAAAGCAUCAGAGAGAGAGAGAGUUUUUAUUAAAAGAAGCAACAGAAUCGAGGCACAAAUACGAACAAAUGAAACAGCAGGAAGUACAACUAAAGCAGCAGCUUUCUCUUUAUAUGGACAAGUUUGAAGAAUUCCAGACAACCAUGGCAAAGAGCAACGAACUGUUUACCACCUUCCGCCAGGAAAUGGAAAAGAUGACAAAGAAAAUUAAAAAGCUGGAGAAAGAAACGCUAAUAUGGCGCACCAAGUGGGAAAACAACAACAAAGCGCUUCUGCAGAUGGCUGAAGAGAAAACUGUCCGAGAUAAAGAAUACAAGGCCUUUCAAAUCAAACUGGAACGGUUAGAGAAGCUGUGCAGGGCUCUUCAAACAGAAAGAAACGAGCUCAACGAGAAGGUGGAGGUCCUGAAGGAGCAGGGCUCCGGGCGGGGGGUGCCACGGCCCUGCGCCGCCCCAGGCUCCCCCGCCCAGCCGAACCCUGCUUCCCCUGUGGCCAGCACCCCGUGCCCCCCCGAGGCCGCGCCCCAAGCUGGGUCCACGGGUGUGGGCACUGGCAUCGAGUCAGUUGACUGAGAUCAAGCGUGAUUGCUGUGUGGAGAGCUCUAUUUUGUGUAUAACUUUCUCUGUUAGUAGUUAACUAUUGGUUUUGUGGUGAAGAUUUUCUUACUUUUUCUACCAUAUCUGUAUUUUCUUAGAACUACUGGACUUCUGUGGUACAGGAGGCUGCUUAGCCGUGCGGAUAGUUUUACUCUGCGUCCUCCUCAGCUGUGUUGCACAUCUGCCUCGGGUCCCCUCAUUGGAAUGCAUGUGGUCAUGGCUUGUCCUUCCUCCCCUGCGCCUUGCCUAGAAUUAUCCUAAUUAAAAUUUCACUCAAGACAGGACCGGCCAUUACAAAGGAACUUUGUUCUGAUAAUGGUCCCUUGAUGUGAAAAUAUUCACUUCAGCGUCCUGGCCCCCCAUUAAUACUACUCAAAAAUAAAAUCAACAUGAUUAGUUUUGUCUACUAGACCAUUUAAAUGCCGAGUGAAAAUAAAACUCUUGUGUUGGGUCAGAAACAAGCAUAGCAUAUUCAAUUCCAAUCCGGUCUCCGGUAUUUACGCACUCGACAAGUUGACAUGGCCACAAGCCUUGAAUUCCUACGAGCUCUGGCAGGCUGCGCGCAGGAAGCUGUCCCCGGGGAGCAGCCGGGCAGGCCACCGGGCGCAGGCAGAA